GAAGCCUAGCCCACCGGGGCCAUGAGCCCUAUACGAAGUCUGGUCGGACCGACAACGAGCAUGAGCACGACAUGGCUGCUAUCGCUAUAGCAAAGGCCAAGUUUCAUAUCGUAAGUAGUUGACAACGAACUGGUUGUCUUGGUGGCAAUCAGUUUGGACACACUUUUCCAGGAACUUAUUGUUUCUCAUUUUGCACAAAUCAGUGGUAUUUCCUAUUAUUCAAUACCAAACUUGGACGCCUUCUACACAACGCAAAGAUUAUACUUCGUGCCUUGCUUAUAGUUCUCUUGUUCCCCACUCCUUCUUGUCCUCCACGUUCCCUCCUCCUUCCACAUACCUCUCUAGAUGCCUGAAAACCCUCAGCAGGCCUCAGCUGUGGCUGCAGCUCCCUCCAAGUCAAAAGCUGCAUCCCAAGCUCCUCCCGCACCGAGGAAAGUAAGAUUCAACGUCGGUACCCAGUAUCAAGUCCUCGAUGUCGUAGGAGAGGGCGCAUAUGGUAUCGUCUGUUCAGCUGUUCACCGGCCCAGUGGCCGCAAGGUUGCCAUCAAGAAGAUCGCACCUUUCGAUCACUCUAUGUUCUGCUUACGGACACUGCGAGAACUAAAGCUCCUCAAAUUUCUCAGUGAAGCUGGCGUAAGCGAGAAUAUCAUUUCAAUUUUGGACAUCAUCAAGCCUCCUUCUCUAGACGCUUUCAAGGAAGUGUACCUGAUUCAGGAGCUGAUGGAAACAGACAUGCAUCGCGUUAUCCGAACGCAAGACCUAUCUGAUGACCACGCUCAAUAUUUCAUUUAUCAGACCCUGCGCGCACUCAAGGCUUUACAUUCUGCUGAUGUCAUCCACCGUGAUCUCAAACCCUCAAAUCUCCUUCUUAAUGCAAACUGUGAUCUCAAGGUCUGCGACUUUGGGCUGGCACGAUCAGUAAAGACCGCCGAACCAUCAGGCACGGAGACCGGUUUCAUGACCGAAUAUGUCGCUACACGGUGGUACCGAGCCCCUGAGAUCAUGCUGACGUUCAAGCAAUAUACCAAAGCUAUUGACGUCUGGUCUGUGGGGUGCAUAUUGGCUGAGAUGCUCUCUGGAAAGCCUCUGUUCCCUGGUAGAGAUUACCACCACCAGCUCACUUUAAUCUUGGAUGUUCUCGGCACACCAACGCUGGACGAGUUUUAUGCCAUUACCACACGCAGAUCACGAGAUUAUAUUAGAGCUCUUCCUUUCCGCAAACGCCGGCCAUUUGCGCAAAUCUUCCCCAAUGCCAAUCCUUUGGCUGUAGACUUCCUGACGAAGACUCUCACUUUUGAUCCCAAGAAACGCAUAACAGUCGAAGAGGCUCUGGCUCACCCAUACCUUGAGGCAUAUCAUGAUCCCGAUGACGAACCUGUUGCACCACCGCUCGAUCCGGAGUUCUUCGAAUUUGACCUGCACAAGGACGAUAUCAGCCGUGAACAGCUCAAAGAGCUCCUUUACGAAGAGAUCAUGUCUUUUUGUCCCGCCCCAAUCACCUAAACAAACAAUUCCCAACACUUGUCCAUACGCCUGAGGAUUCAUGUACUGAGUGUCAAAUGAAUCUUAAUAGGGGAUAGAAAAUGUACGAAUGUUCUUUGGUGCUUUCUUACUGGUAGUACCGCUUUGCCGUGGACAGUACUCAUUCAACAAUUUUUUUUGUGUAUCUCUUCACAAACAGCAGUUCACAACACGGAUCUUGUAAUUAUUCACCCACGUUUUUGUCGCCGCGUCACCCAUAUUCAAUCUAUGCAAUUGUUUUUUUGCCCUAUUAGCGCCUACAUACAAUGGUCAUUAUAAGCCAAUCAUAAGCCUCGC